AAAUACAAAUAGAAAUCAGUUUUCAGAAACAAUCAUCAAAUUUGUAGGUACUUUUCCAGUUGCUGAAUUUGAUUGAGUUCGUUAAUUUGAUACAAAGAGAUGCAAUCAGCCAUGCUAUUGAAUCCUCCGACUCCUUCUUCUUCAUACGGUUCUAGAAGUUUCCAAACCCUAAAAUCUUCAUCUUCUUCAUGCUCUCCUUCUUCUUCCACCGCCACUAUCUUUCUUCCUCCUCCUCCUAUCAAGAUUUCGGGCUUCUUUGGAACUCGAAUUUCCUCGUGGACUAGGCGCAAUCCAUCAUGGCGCUACCUGCGUAGAGAUUCGCAACAUCAAGUUGUAAAGGCUGUUGCAACUCCAAAUUCAGCAGUAGAGCCAAAUUCAGCUACAGAGUUACCACUUACUGCAGAAAACAUUGAGAGUGUGCUGGAUGAAAUUCGACCAUAUCUGAUUUCAGAUGGCGGAAACGUUGCAUUGCAUGAAAUUGAUGGCAAUGUUGUUAAGCUAAAACUACAAGGAGCAUGUGGCUCCUGUCCAAGUUCAGUCACGACAAUGAAGUUGGGAAUUGAGCGUCGUUUGAUGGAAAAGAUACCAGAAAUUGUUGCGGUUGAAUCAGUACCAGAUGAAGAAACUGGCCUUGAGCUUAACGAAGAAAACAUAGAGAAGGUUCUUGAAGAGAUUCGGCCAUAUCUUGUUGGGGCAGCUGGUGGAAGUUUGGAACUUGUGGCAAUUGAGGAGCCAAUAGUUAAAGUCCGAAUCACAGGUCCUGCAGCUGGUGUAAUGACUGUUCGUGUGGCUGUAACUCAGAAACUGAGGGAGAAGAUCCCAUCAAUAGCAGCAGUACAACUCUUACAGUAGAAUGUGGGCGGCAUAAGCAGAGGAAACAGGAGCAUGAUUGGCUCAGUUAUGUUACCUAUGUGCCAGCAAAGGAAACAGUACACACACUACUUUGUACAGUUACUCUGCAUCUAAUUUCAGUCUUUAUGUUCUAUAUUGUAUUAUUUAUUAUUUGAAUAGGCACACCCUGGGAAGGGAUUUGCAAUACCCAGUUUGUGUGGAUGGAGAUGUUCCUGUGAUGUGAGCAAAUUAUUCAGAUAAGAACGCUAGGACGCUCCAUUAUGAGCAAAUUGAUGAUCUGGAAUCAUAAAUAUGUAUAUAUGUACCAAGUGCAUACCGAAAAUUCAUUAAUUUUGGAUGACGAUUGAUGUACA